AAUGUUGUUGUUGUGGUUGUAAUGAUAAAACAAAUUAAUAAUUAUUAUAUUUCAGUGACUAUCAUCAUUCAUCAAUAUUAAUAUAAAGCGUUGAACCGGCUGACGAGUGACGACGACUCCGGGUGUUUAGAGAAAAAAAAAAAAAAAAAAAAAACAUAUACAACGUACCCCCAUCAUCAGCAGAAAGUUUAAUAAUAAUCAUGGCGGUACCCACAGCCGGUGUUGUGGUUCCAAGAAAUUUUCGUUUGUUGGAAGAACUUGAACAAGGUCAAAAAGGUGUUGGUGAUGGUACCAUCAGUUGGGGCUUGGAAAAUGAUGAUGACAUGACCCUAACUCAUUGGACUGGCAUGAUCAUUGGACCCCCAAGGACACCAUAUGAAAAUAGAAUGUAUAGUUUAAAGAUUGAUUGUGGACCAAGGUAUCCAGAUGAUGCUCCAAAUGUCAGAUUUUUGAGCAGAAUCAAUAUGACCUGCAUCAACAAUACAACUGGAGCAGUUGAUAAUCGAAUUGUUCCUGUUCUUGCAAAAUGGCAACGUGAGUACACAAUUAAAACAGUACUUCAGGAACUACGUCGUUUAAUGACACUCAAAGAAAACAUGAAACAAUCACAGCCACCUGAGGGUAGUACAUUUUAGCCUAGUUGUUAACAACAAAAAACAAUAAAAAAAAAAAAAAAACAAACAAAAUAUAUAUGUAUCGUUUAUUA